AUGUACCCGCGCGUGAACCCAGACGCGCUGCCGGCCCCGGGCAGCCUUGAGAUGGGCCACGCCACCCACGCUGUUGCGUACCCGCCGCUGCCGCCGACGGCGGAGGUCGUGCCCGUGCCCGUGAUCCAGCAGCGGCACGGCGGGCGCGCCCCGGACAGGAGCAGCUGCGAGGACCGUGACCCCAGCACGCUGCUCGUGGGGGCCACGCUGAUCACGAUGCUCGCCUUCCUGCUCGGCUCUAGCGUCCCCGGCGGCUACUGGCCGCAGGACACGCCGUCGGGGGACGGCAGCGGCAGGCUGUACCGCGCCGGAGACCCCAUCAUGCGCGACCUGCACCGGCCACGGUACUGGGUGUUCAGAGUGGCGAGCUGGGCGGGGGUCGCGAGCUCCAUGGUGCUGACGCUGAGCCUGCUGGUGAGGAUGGCCGUGGCCUCGCGCCACGUGCGGUGGUCGUUCGCGGUGGCCUACGCCAGCCUGCUCCUCACCUUCGCGGCGUCGCAGACCAGGACGCACCUGUCGCUGGACAUCCUCCUCUGCCUCGCCGUCCUCCUCGUCUCCUGGCUCAUCACCAGCGUCCGCGAGGAGAACCGCGCGUGGGUCAUGAAGGUGCUCUGCUGCAGCAGCAGCCGGGACAGCUGA